CGCAUUGUGAUAUCAAUUUAACAGUUUUAUAGGCUUUCUUAUAUAGUGGUAUAAUUACAUGUACAAUGGUGUUUUACAAGUUGUAAAUAAUGGAAACGCCAAAACAAAAUGGUAGAAGCUAUACGAGGGAAUUUAAACUGAAAGUUGUGUCUCAUUACAAAACGUUGUCAGCUGGAAAUAUUAAAGAUAAAGUAAUAGACACAGCCCGACAUUUUAACAUAGAAGAAACCAAUGUUAAACGUUGGCUGAAAGCUCAGGCGGACAUUAAAAUUUCGCCAAAAGGUUCUAAAAGUACCGUUUCGGGACGGAGAGCUUUAUUUCCUGACAUGGAAUCUCAGUUUCAUCACGAAUUUCUUGAAAUUAGACAAGGACUGAAAACAAAAGCUUGGUGGUUCAAAUCCCGUGGAAAGGAACUUUGAUACAAAAAGUCAGUAUCUGGAAGAACUGGAAAAGGUCAUCAGGUAUAUUGAUUCUGGUGAGUGGAAAUUAGUAAUCAGUGACCAAAAUGUUGAUCUUGACCAGAUUCAGAUAUCAAUCACAUAUCAGUCAAACACAGAAGGAGUACAAAAAGUAAUAACUGCUGCCAGAAAAGUGCAAUUAUGUGAAGGAGUGCCAGUAACCAAAAAUAUAAUAAUGACAAGAUUUCAUAUUCUUGAAAACUGGACAUCAGCUGGAACUAACAGCAGAAUUUUAAGAUCAAAACUGUGCAACAGAGUGACACCAUUUCAUGCACUUAACAAUACUUGUAUUAAGUGCCAGAAGAUGACAAUGUUAAAUGAAAAAAAUGAAGAUAAAGACAUAGAUGACAAGGAAAACAACAAAAGUUUCAAUACUCGGACAUUACAACAAAAAGAAAAGGAAGACAUGUCAAAAAAGUUACCAAAAAGUGUGAAAAAGAAGAUAUCAAUUCCUGGCACAACUGACGAAAUGAUAGAACUUAUAUUAAGUCAAGCAAAUAAUGCCAGUAAAGAUCCGAGGGGUAGGCGGUGGACAGAGGGUAUGAUUAAUGUCUGUUUGCAGUGGUACUGUAAAAGUCCGCAAUCUUACGAACAUUUUAGAGGCAGUCAAUAUCUUGUCUUACCAUGUAAGUCUACACUUUUCCAAUACAAGAACAAAGUAAAACAUCAAGUAGGAUUUGACGACAGCAUAUUUGACUGGAUGCUUGAAGAGGCCAAAAGAAGAGACAUACCAGAAGAAGGUUACACUGGUGGUAUCAUAAUAGAUGAAAUGUCGAUACAAUCAGACAUACAGAUUUGUAAAAAUAACGAUGUCAUUGAGCUUUCUGGAUUAAUGGAUGUUGGGGAGGAAGGUAAUCUAUGCAAUACGCUGAGAAAAGGGAAGAAUGAAAAGAUCCUUGGUACGCAUGCGUUACAGUUUGUUUUUCUUGGUGUAAAUGGUUUUCGGUUUCCGUUCGCCCAUUUUAUAUCUGACGGUGUUCAAGUCCCUGAGUUGUAUCCGCUAUUCUGGGAAGCCGUAGAUCGCCUCAGUCUGUUUGGUUUUAAGGCUGUGUAUACGUGCACGGAUGGUGCCCAAAGCAACAGAACGUUCAUGCACAUCAAUACCAGUGCAGAUAAGUACUUUACAUGUGACUGUCCAUGCAACUUUGGAAAAAUGGUAUUUAUUAUGGACUGUAAAUAUGUCAUAAAGAAAAUUAGGAACAAUGUAUUAAAAGUGGCAUUCUUAAGACAUCAACAAGAUUAUUAACACUUUCAAAUUCAGAAUCAGUACAAUGGCAGAUGUUUGUAGACUGUUACAAGUGGGACAAGUUAAAUGCUUUCCAGCUACACCGAAAACCUACUAACGACCAUAUGUACCCAUCAAAUCAGCUUAAAAUGUGAAACCAUUUGGCAGAAGAUGUCCUAGAUUCAGACAUGCUGCAUGUGAUGCUACAGUAUCAACAAAAUCUAGUGGGUAAUGGUUCUGUACUGAAUGGCACAAUUGAAUUUUUGAGACAAACUUCUAAAUUGAUACAAAUAUUUAAAGAUAUGCGUCCUAUAAAAACAUUAGAUGAUCCCAGACUAAAUGAAUUACUUGCAGUUGCAAGACGGUUUGAUGAUUGGAAAGUCAGUGCUUUGUCUAAUAGUUCAGUCUCCCCAAAGGAUAGACAGAAGCAGAUAAUGUCUGCACAAUGCCAUGAAGACAUCCAGGCAUGUAUCAUCGGCUUUAUUCAAUUAACCAAAAUUUUACUAAGUAAAGCAACCAGAAUUUACAUCACUACCGGUCUCAUAAACUCUGAUGUUAUUGAAAAUACAUUCAGCCAGCAAAGGUCAACAUAUCAUGGUGCGAGUUCAAAUCCAAAUGCUCUCCAGUAUAGACAGGCAUUAAACAGUAUCAUCUUGGGACAAACCACAGUGUCACAAAAAGCCAAUGCCGGGAAAAAUCGCGAAGCGGCUGUUCCAUAUAACUGUGCUUUAAGAAAGCAGGUGCCAGCUCAAAAAAGAAAAUCAGAAAAUAAGGAAUUCACCAAAAUCAAAGUCAUCAGAAUGUAAAUAUUUUUAAAUGGUAGGCAAUAUAUCACUUAUACUCUACAAAAUAGAAAAAAGUGGAAACUUCACAGGCCGCUCAAUACAACAAAAACGAAAAUGUUUCAGGCUGGGUUUGAUUGAGCCUGUUCAUGUACAGUAUUGGAAAUGCAUGCUACCAUCCACGCCCUCCAGGCCCGGGUUGAGCAGAACUCAACAUUUACACAUGCUGAAAGUACAUAAAACAAUUAAGAGACAUCCGCAGAUGUAUUAAAAAAAAUGUAAAUUUUGUGACUUUCUCUUUCAUUCAUUGUAUUGAGUGCCAAUUUAUCAUUUUAUGAUGUGAUAUUUUAUAGACGGACAGUGAGCAUCAAAAAAGUCAUUAGGUGUAAUAUAACCUAACUGAUUUUUAUUUAACUGACUUGUCAACCUGUAGUGAUAUUCUGAUCACAACAACACCAGUAUGAACUUUGAUACUUGUCGGAUUUACGCAUAUCCAGUAUACCAGGGAGAUAUACUUUACCAUUUAUAAACCUCACCUUCCUGCUUCACCAGUCAUCAUGAAUGGAAGACAUCUUCUGCCUACGUACCUGAUCAAUUCUGAGCUUUGAACUUUGUAUUACCGUACAGUGAAAGCCGGGCCCAGACACACCUCCGCCGCUGACCAAUGAGACGUCGUCUUACAAAAUCUCCCGAAGCAUGCGCGUUGGUUUAGCAUGGCCGCUGCAGGACGAUUGUAAACACAUCGCGAAGAAAACAGCAGAACUCGAAAUCUGACACCAGCUGGCGUCGAAGUAAACACUCCGGGAUACCUGUAGGCUGUAGCCUAAACCUGGGAAGAAGAUUGUUCCAGCCGAAACAUUUCCAUAUGAGACUGAUCAUCGAUAAGUGACCUGAUGGUCGACCGGACAAUAAACAAGUGCUGUUUUCAUAUUGGAGGAGAUGAUUGCAUGUAAGGGCUUUGGGCUGGGUAAAUCAAACCCUGGCGAUUAAACACUGACUACCCUAAAACCCGAUGAAAGUGGAAGACCUGAAAGACUAUGUGACAAUGUGGUGUAAAAAGAAGUGUGGUGCAGCCAACUGAUGCUAGGCGGAAUCUGGCAAUAACAGAAAAAAAUGGAUUUAUGCUAAUAAGUUUGCCAAAAAAAGGGAACAAACAGGGAACAAACAUUCAGUGAAAAUGACUUCAGCGUAUACUUCUCAAGUGUUAAAUGGCAGUUGCAUUUAAUGGAAUAAUUCUUAUUUUGAAUUUUAUAUAUAUUUACUUAUAUUCUGUUAUCCAGUAUUCACAGUAAUAUGAUAAAACCUGAUACACGGAUCCCUGCCAAUAUUAAAUCCAUCUAAUCAUGGCUCUAGAUAAGUUGGAGGACAAAUCCAUGAUGAUAGGUUUGCCAAUUACCGGGCAUUUUGUUGGCUUCUUCUGUCUGCGAAAAAAAAACCCAACAGAUUUGUAGAAAUGUUUUUGUCGUUUUAUGUACCAUAUCAUUUCACAUAUUUAUGGCGUUGUACAUAAUAAUAAAAAAUAAUAGUUAUUACAACAAUAUCAUAAAUGAACAAUGAUAAGGGGCCUCCGUGGCCGAGUGGUUAAAGGUCACUGACUUCAAAUCACUUGCCCCUCGUCGAUGUGGGUUCGAGCCUCACUCGGGGAGUUGAAUUCUUCAUGUGAGGAAGCCAUCCAGCUGGCUUACGGAAGCUCGGUGGUUCUACCCAGGUGCCCGCUCGUGAUGAAAUAAUGCACGGAGGGGCACCUGGGGUCUUCCUCCACCAUGAAAAGCUGGAAAGUCGCCAUAUGACCUAUCAUGUGUCGGUGCGACGUUAAAUCCCGCCCCCCCCCC